AUGUAUCACGUGGCCGAGAUGGUGCGUGACGCCCGCCGCGACAUGGCUGCGCGUCACGACGACAGCGUAUCGCUUGGCUUUGUAUGGAGCACGCUCUCUACGUUUACGCCGUUCCCGUUCCUCUUGUCGCUUUGCAGCCACAUCUCGAGUCGUCUCGUGCGUCGCGCGCCAGACCUCGUCAAGCACGCGGCAGGCGCCACGCGCGACUGCGUCGUUGACACUGCAACGCACACACAUGACCGCGUCGUGGAGCUCCGCCUGACGUGCACGCGGACAGGCCAGCGGCUGUUUUACAGUGUCAAAGUGCAGGUUGAAACGGCGCGACUGCCAGGCGUGUUGAUGCCACUGCAGCGCCAAGUGGCAGUGCCGCUGCUCCGUGGCGUUGAAGGUGUCGCGCAAUUUGUGACGAGCGAAGAGCUGCCGGAACUCUACUUUGUAGCCAAGAACUCGAUGCGACGCAGCUUCUUUCUGCGGCACGUGGUGCUGCCGCCGUUAGGAGCGGUCGAGCGCGUCGUGCAGUAUGUGGUCAUUUUUCCGAGCCACGUGGUGUUUCCAUCUCGUGCUGAGAUCGAAGACAGGACGGACUUGUUCUUGGAAGGAAGCACGACGCGCGUGCAGGCGCUUGUCGAGCAUUUGUACUCGGCGACAGAAGUGCUGGACCAGCACUUGAGUAUGGUGCAGUGGAACAUUCUGGGACGAGGACCGUACGAGUCACUGAGUGCUUCGAGACGUAGUGACGUGAUCCGAUCCGUGCAUCAGAGGAUGCGCAUCAUUGCGUCGCACUACAAACUGUUUGAGUUCUUGGCCACGAUCAAGCUACAAAAUGAAAUGCUGUAUGGCGACAUGCAGCGCGAGUUUCCUGACGUAGGCGGUGUCCCGCUUACGCUGCAGCAGAUAGCAGCGAACGAAGAGUUGACCGCUGAGCUUACUGAGCAAGAUGAGAGCACGUUUCCGAUCUGGUUUUACAAGAAAAUUGACGCCUCUAGCGGACUGAACGGACAUAGCAAACGAACGCCAGAUGCACAUAGUGCGGCAAAGUCGAAACAGCGUGCGCCAUUUGGCUCUACUGCCACCGCUGCAAGUGCUGGCAGAUCGGGCACUUGGAUAGAGUUUCCUGCUCAUGAAGGUCGUCGUCUUGAACGGAAGUUUCGGUGGUAUCAACAGCAGCAGAAUAGAGGAAUCUUAGGCCCGACAGAACCGACUUGUAUUGUGCUGGUGGAUGAAGGUCGCCAUGAAGUGGACAUGGGAACUAUGCGCAUGACACCAGUGUACUGGCCCGCCCUGGAAGAGAUUGUCGUGUGCCGUUCUCGCUGGGUCUAUGCCCAGCGCAAUUACGGCUUGGCUCCGUAUAGCGCAGAAGCUGCAGCUGUUCUCGAGGACGCUUUCGUGUAUUACCUGGGAUUGUAUCCGCUUGAAAAGCAACGUCUGAUGGAUAUUGAAGCAACAAAGCCGCGCGGCUUUUUCAGCUCCCGCGCGCGUUUUACCGAGGCGGUGUUGUCAGCUCGCGUCGAAAAAGACUGCGUACUGAGUAUUCCGAUCGAAGGGCACCUUGUUGAGUUCAAAGGAGCGCAAGACAUCAUGCAGUACAAGCGCUUGCUAGCAGGCACGACGCCGUUCACGAGUAAGCGCCGCGUGUACCGUGGAGAUCCUCGCGUGCGUGCUGAUCCCGCUACUUUGCAGAUCUGGAAAGAUGCUAUGGAAUGCGACCCAGCUACAGGCAACGCGCUGAAGAUAACAGAAGACGACAAGGACAUCGAAGAGGAGAUCGAACAUCUCGUGCUUGUUGUACACGGCAUCGGUGAUGCGCUGACGACGCGGGACCUGAUCAACGUUGUGAUGUUGCGCUCAAUUGUUGACUGCUCGACGACGCUGCGAGAAUUAAACCGUGAGGCUCUACACUCCGCGCACUUUGCUCAUUUGGGAGGCGAGGAUGCCGGCGACAAAGCAAGAGAAGGCAACAAGACGGCCUCGCAUCGGCCGCGCGUGGAGUUUUUGCCCAUCGAGUGGCACUCAAAACUGCAUAUGGAAGGCCUCGAUCAACUUAUCCACGACGUGACUUUGCCGGCCAUUCCAAAGCUUCGCGAGCUCGCCAACGACACAAUUCUGGAUGUGCUGUUCUUCAUGUCGCCACUCUUCCACCAGGUCAUUCUCGACGAAGUCGCGACGGAAAUGAACCGCGUGUACUCACUGUUUCAGUCGCGCCACCCGAGCUGGAUGCAAUUGGGAUCUGCUCUUGACCCCGCACGGAAGCGCAAGAAAGUAUCGCUUAUUGCACAUUCGCUGGGCUCCAUCAUCUGCUUUGACAUUCUGAAUCAUCAGCAAGUCUACAUGCAACAACCGCAAAGCACGCCAUGCGCGGGAGCUGACGAGAGUAGCGACGAGGACUUUAUUAUUGCGAACAGCGCAGAGGGAAAGGGUGGCAGCAGCACGUGCACGGACGACGAAGGCGACCGAGAGGCGUUACAAGACAACAUCUUUGGCUUUGAUACCGCUCUUGCAAAUCGGACACUGAGGCGGCGUUCGCGAUCAAUGUCAGCGAUAUCGAGUGCGCAUUGGAACUGGGGAAGUAGGCAGCUCCGAGGUGAUGCCGGUCAGGAACAAGAAACUGCCGAUCGACGUGCGACAUCGGACGUCCGCAUUACGGGUCGGAGAAAGAAUGUGGUCACGCCUUGUAAGAAGAAGAAGACGCCGUCGUCAGUGAAGCCCACGACAGCGGAGAAAUACCACGUUCGCAAGCGUGCUGCUACUCCACCUGAACGCAGCGACGUUGUGCCGCUUGUGCCAAAGCUCGCGUUCGACGUCGAAGACCUCUUUUGCUUUGGAUCUCCGGUGGGUCUGUUUCUGAACGUGCGGGGCCAAAAGCUCGACCGCGACUUCCAGCUACCUCGCUGCCGCCGGCUAUUUAAUAUUUAUCAUCCGUACGACCCGGUAGCGUACCGGAUUGAGCCCAUCAUGAACCCCGCGCGCGCUCACUCGAAAGCAGCGAUCAUCCGUACGUUCGAAGGCAAGCUGCGAUUCCAGUACCAACUGCGCAAUUCGUUCCGUGCCAUGUGGGCUUCGCUUCGUCAGUGGCGUCGCGACUUCGAGCGUCAGGUGCUUGUUGGCGCACACAGUAUCGGGCUAGUGGAAACUCCUGCUUUGACGACGCCACUGAGUGAUGCGCUGGCGGUUGUGUCACAGCCGUACGAGCGAUUUCAACAGCGUCCGGACGAGGAGACGCGGGACGAGCAGCGGCGGGAGGAGCGGGAAGGUGAUGAAAGUACAGAAAACGUGGCGGUGUUCGGUCGACUGUGCCAGGGCCUCCCGGUGGACUACUCGCUCCAGGAGAACGAGAUUGAGAUUGCCAAUGAGUAUCUGUUCGCUCUCAUGGCGCACGUCAUUUACUGGGACAACCGCGACGCGAGUCUCUUUGUGGCGCAGAAGCUCCUGCUGGAACCGGCCGCUGACCCCUGGCCUGCCCGCGAGCAGCCAAGGACGACGAAGGCUGCAGAUGACGAGGCAGUAGCUGGAUGUGAAUAG